UUACGCGCUAUGGUAACGUGUUUUAAAAUGCGUUACAAUGCCAUGCAUUGAAGAUGAUUUAAUCAAUUUUAUAAAUGAAACAUUAAAUGAAAAAUAUAGUUGUGAUAAUUUAUCUUCUACUUCACAUAAAGCUAGUAUUUUUAUAAGUUGCUUAGAGUUUGCGUAUGAAGAAGGUCUUAUGAAAAAUGAUUUAUCUUGUUUUCUGACGUACUUCAAUGAAUUGCUGAAUGAAUUUAUAUCAGUUAAUGAGGAUAAUUGUUUCACCGAGUGCAGAAGUAUACUAAAAUCCCAUAUUGGUAAACUCUCACAUCGUUUUAACUCAAGGUUUUUAAAAUCUGCUCUUGAAUAUAUUUUAUGUACAAUAAUUCAGCAUCGCAGUUUGUACAAAAUUGCAUUUUACAAAGAACAAGAUGUAGUAAUCACUGAAAAUCUAAUGGUGAAUAUAGAGACAAUAAAUCAGUUAAAAUCACUAGCUGAUGCAAAAGAAAUAAACAUAUGGGAAAAGGAACAAAAAUUAAAAAAUCUUGAGGAAAAAUAUUUAGUGAAAGGAGAAGAAAUUCAAAAUUUUGGGGAUGAGGUUAUGAAUAAGAUACAAAAUGAUUUAGCAGUUUACAAGAGUACACUUGAUCAAAUGGAGAUUGUUACCGUUUGUGAUAUCAAGGAUGUUAUUGUUUCGAUCAUAAAAAAAAACUGCGAGUUAGCGGAAGUUAACUUAGAUGUUCUUAUGGAGAAAAGUAAACUCAUGCUUAUUAAUAAACUUGAAAAAGCGAUGAUAUAAAUAAUAACGUAUAAAAUGUUUUUUUCAGAUUA